GAAGGGUUUAUGUGUAAUUAUUUGCCACACCCGACGACAGUUGCCGCAUCGCGCUCUAAAUACGCGCCCAUCUUCUUCCUCCUUUCUAACAAACUCUCCUCUUCUUCAAAAUCUUAGAGAUCUUAGGGUUCCUCAUCAAAAUUCAUGGCGAUCAUCGGAGACGCGUUGCGUCAGGCGUUUAUGCCGAAGCAGGAGUACGAGAGCCUCAGGGAAGAAGAUAGAGCCUGGACCAAGCUUCAGAGGCCGUUAGUACUGUCUUCCGUGGCUUUCCUCUGCUCUGUCGUCUUCACUUGCAACAUCGUCAGCUUGAACAUUGUGUUUCCUCCUCCUUCGAGUUCGAGGCCGUUCUGCAGCGACGGAAAGGUAGAGCCUUUGAAUGUCUACGGCAGUGGAAGUUUUGACUUGACGGAUCAGGAGACUGUUGCUUUCUACUGGAUGGUCGUUUUCCUUCCCUCGAUGAUGCUCUUCCUUGUGUCGUCUGUUUAUCUUGUAGCUGGAAUGUUUGUUGCUUAUUCCGCUCCUCGCCGUCAUGAGUUUCUAAAAGUCGUUGAAAACAACUACUGUGCUUCAAGAAGAGGUGGAGUUCGUUGCCUUUCAAUUCUGAAUCUUGUGUUUGCUAUCAUCCACGGUCUCCUAGCUAUAUUUCUAGGCUCAAGCCUCCUGAUACAGAGAAGCAGCUGUUCCAUGCCGUUGUUUUGGUGCCACGAGAUAUCUUCAUGGUGUUUGGUAAUCUUGUACGCUGGAACUGCUUUCUUCCUUAGAAGAAGAGCCGCUUUGAGUAUCGACGAAGGAGAGUUUGGGAACAGAAAUCAUCAGGGAUUGGAGAUGCUUGAAGCUAAUCCUUUGGAGUUCACACCAGAUGUAGAAAGAAGAGUGAACGAGGGGUUCAAAGCAUGGAUGGGUCCAUCAUUGUUAUCAUCUGAUGACGAAGACGAACCCGAGUUUUACAGUGAGGUUCCCAGUGUAACAGCUUAUACUCUUUCGAGCAGGCAGAGAUCUUGAUUCUAGAAAAGUAGAUACUUUUGGUAUAUGAUGGUAACAAAGGAGAUAGUUUUACCUGUACAUAUGGUUGCUCACCAAAUUGUUACCUCUAAAUAGGUAGGCCAGAGAUUUUCUUCUCUGAUAACAGCUUAAUAAGAGCCACUACUUCAAAAUUUCACUUGGUUACAUAUACUAAUUCAAGUUUUCAAAUGGUUACAGACAAACUAGAAUUCGGAUUAUAUAAAGUAAUGGUCCAUCACUAGCUUGUUCCAUGGGAGAUGCAAGUCCC